AUGGCGAACGUGUUCCAAAUUGCCGUCUUCGGCGAUCUGUCUGUUCCGUACCACUCGGAGCUCCGCAGACUCUUCUCUGAAAAGAGAGACUAUGUCUUGGCUACCCUCUUCACCAAGUCGUAUUACGCCGUCAAGUCGGAGAUUUCUCGACUGCCCCCCAGCCAGAGGGCCCAGUUCCCAUUUUCGUCCAACAUUGAGGAGCUGUUGAACGCUGACAAGGAAUCGACCACGUCCAACUAUGCGCUGGACAGCUUCUUUUUCUGCCUCUGUCAGAUAUCGUCCUUUGUCUCCCACCUUAAUCGAUCCGGGACGUCGUAUCCCCGUGCAUCUUCUUCUUGCCUGGCGAGCCGAUGCAUCGGCCUGCUCGCUGCCGUGGCCAUCAGCUGCAGCGAGAACGUGUAUGACUUGGUCUCGAUAGCCCCCGAGGUUGUCGCUUUGGCCUUUAGGGUCGGGCUCCUGGUGCAGGGCAAAACCAAAUCCGUCACCCUCAGCUCCGGCAAUGGCGCAUCGUGCUCGACCGUGAUAGCUGGCCUUGACGAGCCUGCCGCGUCGCAGCUGCUCAACGCCUACUUCGACAACAAGGGCGCACCCGCCCUCAGCCGAGUCUACGUCAGCGCCGUGGGCAGCGGCACAAUCACGCUCUCCGGCCCUCCUGCCCAGUUGAAGGAGUUCUUGUCCCACCACAGCGACCUCAAGGCCGGAAAGAUCCAGGUUGGCGGCCUGUUCCACUCGCCGAGCCUUUACACCGACGCCGAUGUGUCGGGUCUGGUCGCCUCGGCGACUGCGCACCUGCGGGGCAGAGUCGCCCGCAUCCCCGUCAUCUUGAACGGGCACGAGAAGCAGCAGGAACUCGUGGGUGGGGAGACGUGCCAGCACCUCCUCGAGGUUGUCGUCUCCGACAUUCUCCGCCACCAGAUGAGGUGGGAUCUUGCGGCCGAAAGAGUCAUCCGCGCCAUCAGACGCUCGGGCUGCUCGGCUGUCGAGCUCCUCCCCUUCGUGGCGGGAAGCGUCGAGGGCCUGUCGUCUGUCCUUCGCGCCACCAUGGGCAUCGACCGCGUGGACGUGCCCAACACGGCUGGCGUGGACUCUUCCUCGCGCGGCAGCGGCCAUGCCGACGCCGAGAAGCAGCCCGCCAGGUCCAAGAUUGCCAUCAUUGGCUUCUCCGGCCGGUAUCCCGAGGCCGACGACAAUGAGGAGUUCUGGGAGCUCCUGGCCGCAGGACUCGACGUCCACAGGGAGAUUCCCAAGGAACGAUUCGACCCCUACCUGUACUUUGACCCGACCUGCAAAAAGAAGAACACCAGCGGCGUCACAAAGGGCUGUUUCGUCCGCAACCCCGACCUCUUCGACUCGAGGUUCUUCAGCAUGUCGCCCAGAGAGGCGGACCAGGCGGAUCCCGCCCAGAGGUUUGCCUUGAUGACGGCAUACGAGGCCAUGGAGAUGGCGGGAUUCGUGCCGGACUCGACGCCGUCCUCGCAGAGGAGUCGCGUGGGCGUCUUUUACGGCACCGCCAGCGACGACUACCGCGAGAUCAACGCCGCGCAAAACGUCGACACGUACUUCGUCCCCGGCGGGAGCCGCGCCUUCCUGCCGGCCCGCAUCAACUACCACUUCCGAUUCAGCGGGCCGUCGUUCGACGUCGACACGGCGUGCUCGUCCGGCCUCGCUGCCGUCCACAUCGCCUGCAACUCGCUGUGGGCCGAGGACUGCGACGUCGCCAUCGCGGGAGGCACAAACAUCCUCACCAACCCCGACAACUGGGCCGGCCUGGACCGGGCGCACUUCCUGUCGCGCACCGGCAACUGCAACACCUUUGACGACGCCGCCGACGGCUACUGCAGGUCCGACACUGUCGCCACAGUCAUCUUGAAGAGGCUCGAGGAUGCUCUGCUGGAUGGGGAUCCGGUGUUCGGAACCAUCUUGGGAGCCUACACCAACCAUUCCGCCGAAGCCGUGUCCAUGACCCGGCCGCACUCGGGUGCCCAGAGGGCCAUUUGCACGCGCAUCCUCCGAUCCUCCAACGUCGACUGCUCCGAGGUCAGCUACGUGGAGAUGCACGGAACGGGAACCCAGCACGGAGACGCUACCGAAAUGGACUCUGUCCUGAGCGUCUUUGCGCCCGACACCACGUCGCGCAAGAGCCCUCUGUUCAUCGGUUCGGUCAAGGCCAACGUCGGGCAUGCCGAGUCGGCCGCUGGCAUCUCGUCGCUGGUCAAGGUCCUUCUCAUGAUGCAGAAGAACGCCAUCCCGCGCCACGUCGGCAUCAAGACGAAGCUCAACAGGAACUUCCCCAAGGAUCUUGUCCAGCGAAACGUCCACAUCUCCCUGGAGAACAGGUCGUGGCCACGGCCCGACCCCAGGGUCGUCCCGCACGGCAGGAGGGUCUUUAUCAACAACUUUGGCGCCGCCGGCGGCAACUCGUCCGUCCUGGUCGAGGACGCCCCCGUCAGGCCGGCGCCGGAGCGAGACGAUGCCUCGUGGCCCGUCCACGCCGUGGCCGUCUCGGCAAAGACGCAGAACUCCUUCAAGGAAAACAUCCGAGCGCUGAUAGCGUAUCUGGAGACGCGCCCCGACGUCUCUCUCGGCUCACUGUCCUACACCACCACCGCCCGCCGCAUUCACUACAGCUACCGCACGGCGGUGGUCGGCUCGUCGGUUGAUGAGAUCCGGAAUGCGCUGCAUGACGUGGCAGCCAGAGAGAAGCACCUGUCCACGGCGGGUGGUGGACCUCCCAUCGGCUUCAGCUUCACCGGCCAGGGCUCUCAGUACCUGGGCAUGGGCAAGAAGCUGCUCUCCUUGCCGCAGUUCGAGUCGCUCCUCGCGGGCCUCGACGGCAUCGUUCGCUUGCAGGGCUUCCCGUCCAUCCUGGACGUGGUGAGCGGCAAGGCCGAGACGCCGAUUGAGGACAUGAGCCCCGUCAAGGUGCAGUUGGCGAUAGCCUGCCUGGAGAUGGCCCUGGGGAAGUUCUGGAUCGCUCUCGGCGUCGUCCCGCAGAUUGUCGUCGGCCACAGCCUCGGCGAGUACGCGGCGCUGAACAUUGCCGGCGUGCUCUCCGACGCGGACACGAUCCACCUCGUGGGGACCAGAGCUCGCCUCUUGGAGAAGGCCUGCUCGAUGGGCAGCCACUCCAUGCUGGCCGUCAAGGCAUCGGCGGCCGAGGCGUCGUCGCUGCGCUCGUCGUCUCACCCCGACCUGGACAUUGCCUGCAUCAACGGACCCGAGGACACCGUGGUCGCUGGCUCCAACAGCCAGAUCGAGGCCUUCAAGGACCUCCUCAACGGCAGGUCCGUCAAGUCCACCCAGGUCAAGGUCCAGUUCGCCUUCCACUCGGCCCAGGUCGAGCCCAUGCUCGAGGCUUUCCGACAAGCCUGCGGCGCAGUCGUCGUCAACGAGCCCAGCAUCCCCGUCAUCUCGCCGCUGCUGGGCCGCGUCAUGAAGAGCGCCUCGGACAUUGGGCCGGUCGGCGACUACCUGGCCCGUCACUGCCGCGAAACCGUAAACUUUUGCGAAGGGGUUCUGUCAGCCAGGAACUCGGGACUCAUCCCCGACAAGAUGAUGUGGGUGGAAGUAGGACCUCACCCCAUCUGCAGCAACAUGCUUAGGUCGACCCUGGGGUCCUCGACACAGACGAUCCCCAGUCUGCGGCGCGGAGAGGAUGACUGCAAGAUCUUUACUCCCGCGCUGGCGAAGCUCUACGACAGCGGACUGGCCAUCAACUGGGGCGAGUACCACGCCGGCGCGCAGCAGACCAAGCAGGUGCUUCUCCUGCCCUCGUACCGGUGGGAGCUGAAGAGCCACUGGAUCCCGUACACGAACGACUGGUGCCUGACCAAGGGCGACGCGCCAGCACCCCAGCUGCUGGCGCUGCCGGAGGCGGCGGCGGCGGCGGCGGCGGCCGAGAGGAGACUCUUCACCACGUCUGUCCAGUACAUCACGGCGGAGAGUUACGGUGCCCAGGAGGCUUCCAUGACGGCACGCACGGACGUGCAGCACCCCGACUUCAGGGAGGUGCUGCUGGCGCACCAGGUCAACGGCCGGCCCGUCUGCUCCUCGGCAGUGUACGCCGACAUGGCCUACACCAUGUUCUCGCGAAUGCUGGAAAAGUCGUCGGUGCCCUUUGACAAGUCGGACCUGGGGAUCGAAGUGGCCGACAUGGCCGCAGACAAGUCGCUCAUCCUCAACGACGACCCGUCACCGCAGAUGCUGGAGCUGAAGGCCAGCGUCAACUGGUCGACCAGGCAGGGGUCCUUCUCCAUGUCGAGCAUCUCGUCAGCCGACGGGAAGCCGACGGCCAAACACGCAAAGUGCUCGGGCUUCUUCACCGACAAGAGCCGGUGGAAGUCGGAAUGGAAGCGACGCGAUUUCCUCGUCAAGUCGAGAAUCCAGGAACUCCGCAGCUCGGUCCAUGACGACUCGGGCUCCGUGCACAUGAUCAAGACGGGCAUGUUUUACAAGCUCUUCACCGCGCUCGUGGAUUACCGCGAUUCCUUCAAGGGGUGCCGCGAGCUCGUCAUGCGCUCGGCCGACCUGGAGUCGACCGCCAAGGUCAGGUUCAACACGCCGGCGGGGACGGCGGACAAGUGGAAGCUGCCGCCGCACUGGCUCGACAGCUUGGGCCAAAUCACGGGCUUCACGAUGAACGGCAACGACGAAGUCGACUCCAAGAACCAGGUCUACAUCAACCACGGGUGGGACAACAUGAAGAUUUGCGGCGUCUUGUCCGACCAGACGACGUACAACACCUACCUCAAGAUGCAGCCCAAGGACAAGGGCUCGUACUGCGGCGACGUGUACAUUUUCAACCAGGACAUGGACGAGGUGGUUGCCGUGUACGAGGGCGUGACGUUUGCUGCCGUGCAGAGAAAGGUGCUUGAUCUGGUGCUUCCCAAGCCCAAGGCAGCGGCGCAGUCAGGAGCAGCGGCUGCGGCUGCGGCUGCGGCUCCAUCACAACGGCAGCAGCAGCAGCAGCAGCAGCAGCAGCAGCAGCAACCAGCACAGCCCGUUGCUGCCAGUCAGGAAUCCGGAAUGGACGACAUGCCGCCGACCCUGGUUCCGUCGGAAAAGAAGGACGUGCCAUCAGAGAAGCUCAAGGUCAUCAUCGCGGAGGAAGUCGGGGCGUCCAUUUCCGACGUGCAGGACGACGCGGAGCUCGCUCCCUUGGGGGUGGAUUCGCUGCUUGCGCUCACAAUCUCGGAUCGCAUGCUCGAGGAGCUGGGCCUGCGGGUCGACUCGAGCGCCUUCAUCUCGUGCAUCACGGUUGCCGAGCUGGUGCGGCACAUACUGGGGUCGUCGACGCCGUCGUCCGACUCUGGCCCGGCAACGCCGUCCAUCACGCCGCUGCAGGAGCCUGACUUUGGGACGUCUGCCCUGUCCGAGAGGAUCGAGAGCGCAUUCGCGUCGGUGCAAGUCGAGUCGGACCGAUGUUCGGACACGACGCAGUAUGGAGACGAAAAGGCGGACGCGGUGACCAAGUUCGCCAGUAUCAAACCCCUGGAAGCAGUUGAGAUCCCGCCUGCGACCUCGGUCCUGCUGCAAGGCAACCCGCGGACUUGCACCAGGAAGGUAUGGCUGUUCCCCGACGGAUCCGGCUCGGCUGCGUCGUACAUGCCGCUGCCAGACGUGGAUCCCGCCAAGGUGGCCAUCUACGGGCUCAGCAGCCCCUUCAUCAAGCACACGGCCACGGCCAAGCCGUGCCAGUUUGGCGAGAUGACGGCGGCCUACGUGGCCGAGAUGCGCCGUCGCCAGCCGUCCGGCCCGUACUCGGUGGGAGGCUGGUCGGCCGGCGGGCUCUGCGCCUACGACGCCGCGCAGAGGCUGGUGGCCGACGGGGAGACGGUCGACGCGCUGAUCCUGAUCGACAGCCCCAACCCCAUCGGGCUCAAGGAGCUGCCGCCGCGGCUGUACAACGAGCUGUCGAGACUCAACGUGUUCGGGGCCGAGCCGGGGGCCAAGGUGCCGGAAUGGCUGGUGCCGCACUUCAAGCUGUUUGCCGACAUCCUGGUGACGUGCAAGCUGCGUCCGUGGCAGGCGGCCAAGCCUCUGCCCGCGUGGGCGCUCUGGGCGAGGAACGGCGUGGACGAGAACCAGACGAUUGAGCGCUGGCCGAGCGACCCGGAAAACAUGACCUGGCUGCUCAACCGCCGCACGCAGGCCAUUCUGGGGUGCAACGGGUGGGACGAGCUGCUGGGCAAGAAGAACAUCACCGUGGGCGUGGUCGAGGGAGCCCAUCACUUUAGUAUGCUGAAGCAGCCGGCCGUGCCGCAGGUGAGCGAUUUCCUGCGCACCAUAAUGGAGUCUACCGGCGCGGGUAUCUAA